AUGAGAGGAGAGGAGAGAUUGAAGCGAGCGAAGAGAGAUGAGCGAGACGAGAGGGAUGAGCGAGACGAGGAGAGGAUGAGCGAGAGAAGAGUGAGCGAGACAGAAGAUGAGGGCAAAACUAGAGGAGAGAUGAGCAAGACGAGAGAGGAUGAGCGAGACCGUAGAGAUGAGCGAGACGAGAGAGAUGAGCGAAAUGAGGAGAGACGAGAGAUGACCGAGACGAGAGAGAUGGAGCGAAAUGAGGGAGACGAGAGAGGACGAGGAGACGAAUGA